AAUUUCUCCGAGACUUUUAUCGGGAUAAGUUUUAUUUUGGGCCUGCAGUUCCCUGCUUUUGUUGCAAUACACAAAUUGUUCGUCCAUACCCCGCACGAUGCAGUUUGGAACUAAAGAAAUGGGGAAAUGUAAAGUUACAUUUUGCAAUUAUUCAUGGUUAUUUAAGGCUGUGUCUUGUCUUGAUAUAUUGGAAUUCAUACAUCAGACUUUUCCAAGGCAAUUUUCCAUCAAGAUGAGAUCUUUUUAUCUCGCAAUCUUGGCCAGCGCGUUAUUUUUCAACAGCAUCAAUGGAGAUCUAUCGGUUCAUUCUCCUCGAGCUACUUGUACCGUUCAACCAAGUCUGAAUGGCACCGAUGAUGCGCCUGCCAUCCUAUCUGCAUUCCAAACAUGCGGCAAAGACGGAACUGUGGUGUUUCUGAAUCAUACAUAUACCAUCAAUAGUAUCAUGAAUACCACCGGACUCUCAAACUGCAAUAUUGAUAUUUAUGGAACUCUCCUAGUACUCAGUUAAUCGCUCGCGUAUAUCUCUCUACUAGCUAACUUAUCAUGUAAAGUGGUCAACAAACAUUACCUACUGGCUUAACCAAUCCAUGGCAUUCGGAUAUCAAAACCAAACCUCGGCAUGGUGGCUCGGCGGCAAUAACAUCAAUGUCAAUGGACACGGAUACGGCACUCUAGAUGGUAAUGGCCAAGCUUGGUAUGAUUUCGUCAAGGGAAUUUCGAAUUAUCCGAAUAGACCCCAAGCACUUACAAUAUGGAAUACCACGAAUUCCAUCUUUCGGGGUUUGAGAUUUGUGCAGAGUCAGAUGUGGUAUGUUUUCCAGUCUAGUUAUUUGUAAUAGAGAAGGGCGAGAAAUAACAGAGGAGAUAGGACAAUGACAAUCUUCAAAUCAUCCACAGUUCUUUUACAAGAUAUCUAUGUAAACAGUAGUUCCUCCAAUCACAACCCCGCGCGCAAUACCGAUGGCGCGGAUACGAUCUACAGCGACGAUAUUCACUUUGAUCGCUGGAUGGUUGUUAAUGGUGAUGAUAGCAUAGCUUUGAAAGCCAAUAGUACUAAUAUUCUAAUCACAAAUUCCACGUUCUAUAACGGAUUAGGAGUGGCAAUAGGUAGUAUCGGACAGUAUAAGGGGGUAUAUGAGAGUAUUGAGAAUGUGACAGCAAGUGAAAUUGUGUUUUAUAAGACAUUGCAUGGAGGGUAUGUGAAGACUUGGACGGGAGAACAGGCGGGAUAUCCGCCGAAUGGUGGAGGAGGUGGAUUGGGAUGUAAGUAAAAGUUUCUUAUUCCUUUCGAGCUUUUGGGGAUGAUUUCUCACAAAGAUACAGUUGCUAAGAACAUCACGUUUGAAAAAUUUUCCUUCAAUUCCUUGAGGGGACCACCAUUUUCCAUCUCGCAAUGUACGACUUUCUCAGGCACAGCAGGUAAUUGUUCUUCUUCAGCAUGUGAGUACUUCCUGUCUUUCAUUUUCUUUCCCAUUUUCCAACUCUUCCUACUUCCACGAUUUAGAGUAUUCCCCCACAGUGCACAAAAUCUGUCUCUUCUCUAAUGCCAAGUAGUCCAAAUAAGCGACCUAAAUAUAUACAACAUAUCCGGCAGUAUAACCAACCCCAUCACCAGCUACCAAUGCAGCGCUGUCGCUCCCUGUAAGAGCAUCACUAUGGAAAACAUCAACGUGGUAGAUGCGAACGGGACGGCGGGGACAGGAUAUAAGUGUACGAAUGUGGUUGGAACAACAGGGUUUACUUGUACUGGUCCUACUUGAAUUUAUGGGACCGGAAUUUUGAGGGGUUACGGAUUAGGAGAGAUAUAGAUUCGGGGUGAAGGGAAGAAAGGUCGUUUAAAAGCUUUGUGGAUGGUGCAAUUGACGGAACGAGUACAGUGAAUGAAGAGUAAAGUAAUCCUGCUGUCCACAUCUACUGCCCCGUCGCGAACCGAAAAAGCUCCCUUCCGACAAGCUAAGAUAGCCCAAGUAAGCCCAUCACUUCCUUAUUCUAAACAACAUGUACAUAUAAGCAUAUAGUCAGCGCCUAAUGUAGUACAU